GCCAAGGCGAGCUUGACCUCAUUAAGGACAUGUUGCAAUACCUCCAGCUCUACCAUGGAGAGAGACCCAAAUAAUGGGAAGGUAUAUAAAGGUUCUUCCAAGGCGCUGUGUUUGCCAUUUAUGGUUGCUGGACAACAAGUAGGAUAUGUCCCACCCGCUGUAGCCAAAUGUCUCCAUCAGUACCCGACUGUUUUCUCAGUGUCUCAGGGAGAUAAAGCCUCUCCAAGGGUGGAACUUAACAAACAACUGACUUCUUGUGACCAGAGGACAGCUGCUGUUCAAAGAGUGCUCAAGGAGCUGAAAGCACAGCAAGCUUUUCCUUGUUUAAAAGGAUGGAGGGAUGAGAUGUACAAUGUAAUGCCCUAUUUUUGUGACACACCUUUCUUCAGCAUGGAACGUGCUGCAACACCACUAUUGGGGGUGAAGACCUAUGGGGCCCACCUGAAUGGCUAUACUUGGCGAAACGAUGAAAUGCACAUGUGGCUGGCCCGUAGGGCAUUGAACAAACCCACAUAUCCUGGCUUAUUGGAUAAUUUGGCUGCAGGUGGCAUUUCAUCAGAGCUGGGUGUCAGAGAAACACUAAUAAAAGAGUGCCAAGAGGAGGCUUGCAUUCCUGCUUCCCUUGCUACGUUAUCCAAAUCUGUUGGAACGAUCAGCUACACAUAUGAAGGGUCAGAUGGAGGCAUCAAUCCUGAAUGCCAGUUUGUAUAUGACCUGGAGCUGCCUGAAGAAUUUGUGCCCCAAGUAGGAGAUGGAGAAGUGCAAGAAUUCUAUCUUUGGUCACUUGAUAAGGUGAGAGAGGCCAUUGGAUCUUCCGAUUUCAAGCCCAACUGCGCGAUGGUAGCACUGGAUUUUCUAAUCAGACAUAGUUACAUUCAACCUGAUCAAGGUAGGCCUCCUCAAUGUCAGCUAUGUAUGGUCAAAGUAAAAAUAAAAUGAACUACGGGAAGAGAGAAGGGGGAGAAAAUGACGAAGACAGGCUUCUUCGUAGAAACACACUUGAAGGAUAGUGAGUACCAUGCAUACAGAGUUUUCCUCUGCUUCUCUCUUCAGAACCCCAUUAUGUAGAGUUGGUGGAAGGGCUGCACCAGAUCCUUUGAAAAGCCAAGGGCUGCCUGCUGAGAUGAGAGUUUUCCCUGUGUUUUCUUUUUGCUAAACCCAAGACUGGC